AUGUCAACCAACAUCACCAAUUUGAAUGAGGAGAUUGUGAAGCAGAAGAAGGAGAUGGGCAUGCAGCAGAGCAAAAUGGAUCAGUUGGAGAAGAGCAUCAAAAUCAAUGAGCAGAAUUUGGCAACAAAACAGACUGAAAACAGCGACCUGAAAAAGCAGCUUGAAAGUGAGCGAAUGAUUCAGGCCCAGUCUGGCGAGAGCUCCAAAAAGGAAUUCAACAGGAUGAUCACAGCAAAGGAAACAGAAAUAUCAGAAAUGAAAAACAGUCUCAAAUUGGCAGAGGAGAACAAUCAGGCCAUGGCAAAAGAGGUGGAUUCAUUGAAAAAUAGCACUGUUUCAAUUGAGGAGGAAAAUGAGAAGGUGAAAUCAGAAAUCCAAGACAAAAUUGCCCAAAUUACCCAAAUGGCAAACAGCCUGGAAAAGAGCACCAAAGAGAACAAGGAGCUGAGAAACCAAUUUGCCCUUGAAACUGAACAGUCAUCAAAAAUAGUGACCAGACUGAGAAUCGAACUCAGGGAGAGUGGAAAGCUGGUAGAGGAAUUGCAGUCCCAGGGUAACAAGGCCAAGAACACCGAAUACGAGUUGUUGAGUCGACUUGAGGAGGCUGAGGCCGACCUGAAGCACGCAAAAGCAAAGUGCGACCAGGCCCAGUCGAGUUUUGCUGCCCUGGUCGCAGAUACAACCAGAUCACAGGCAGACGAGGCCACCCUGGCUGAGGCAGCUGCCCUCAGAGACAGAAUGGCCAAGAUGGAAGCACAAAUCAGACGCCUGAAGGAGGACAAGGAGGAGAUUGCGGCUGAAAACACCCAAAUGGCCUCUGACAAAAUGCAGUCUCUGAUCAAACACGAGGCCGAGAUGAAGACUGUCAGAAACAGCCUGACUCUCCAAAUCAGCCGCCUGAAACAGGAGAAUGCGAAGAUGCAGGAGGAGCUGAAUGCGUCAGAUGACAGCCCUGAUACGACCCUCCUCCUUGAAGAGCGUCGUAGAAGCAUGGCCAUCAUUUCUGGCCUAGAACUCAAAAACAUCGAUUUGCUGUCCAAAUUGGAGAGCAUCGACGUCGAUCACCUGGAACGUGAGGUCGAUGACAUCAGAAACAGUGUCACUGAAAUACUACGAACAUUCACAGGUGGAAUCAGGGGCAUCAUCGAAUCCGAUCUACUGAAAAUAGAGGAUCUCCAUUCGAUAGAGCAGCGGAUCUGUAACAGAAUCAGGGCGGAAUACGAUGACAGAAUUGCCAGACUGCAACGGGCCUAUGACACCCUCGUAUCCACCCUGAAUGGACCCAAUCAGCUGAAUGAUGCGAAAACGAGCAUCCAGCGACUGAAGAUCGAGCAACUUGAACGAAACUCCAAGCUGCAGCACAGCACCAUUGAAAUGAUGAGCCAGGCCAUGGUGUUCAUGAAGAAGAAAAAGGGCGGAUCAACCAGCAACAAAAGUGUAGGAGAAUAA